AUGGCUAGAAGUGGGAUAAGAAGUUCAGCCCUAGCCAGGGCAGAAGCCCAGCUUGGUGGUCAGAGGGUUCCUGUGAAACCUAAGGAUCCUUCAGAUGAACUACAGGAAUACAUGCGUGCACUCAGCAACAAAACAAGCGUGUUAAAACUAUCACAACCAUCAAUUGCUAACCUAAGCGACUUGUCGGCUUCAGAACAAGAAAGUGAAAAUUAUAAAGGGACUGUUAGCCCUCAACAGUCAACAGGAACCCAAAGCCGUUUUUUAAAGAAAAAAACCCCAGCUAGUAAAGAUACUCAGAGCAAUGUCAAACCAGUAAGCGUGGUGGCAAAGCUACAACCUGUGCAGUCAAAGGUGCCAACCAGUGCAGCACUGAAGAGACUGGCAGAGUUUGAGAAACGACAUCAGUUGAGAAAAAUAGAACUAGACAUCUCGGAGAAUGACUCUGACUUGAGGACUUCGGAGGAAAGACCAUUCUCCAACAGGUCAAGUAGUGAACUCAGCUUCCAUGGGAAUAGGUUUUUGAAGAAAAAGGUCAAUAUAAGGGAACCAGAGCUCAAAGAACAGAUCAGGACACCUUCCGUAAGGUGCAGUUCAGCAGAGAAUAAGAAGACGGUUGCAGAGAGCGAAGAGGAAGAAAUGCUUCAGCUAGUUGGAAGUUCAGUGGAGUUUUCCGAAACUGAUGAAAAGUGGUUGAAAAUGCCGAAACCACCUAGAACUCCCUCACCACCCAGCAGAUUAACACCACACAGAAACCUGCACCGGAGUCCUUCAGCUCUUGGCUUCUCUCCACGUCGUCCUCCUUCCCGCUUUUCCUCCAGAACUCCUUCUCCUCCUAGUCAUGGCACUCCAAGAUACCCAAGGAGAAGGCACUCCUUAAUUCGAUUUGGAUCACGGUCUCCUUCCCCAUCUGUGAGAAGUUCAUUGACUAACUCUCCAAGGGCACGACUGGGGAGACGUAGUAAAACUCCUCUCUCCCAGAGAAGCGACUUUAAAUCCCUUGAUGAGCUAUUUUCCAGAGCAGAUGAUUUAAGUAGUGCAAGUUCCAAUGAUUUUAAACUGAAUAUAAUGAGCUUGGAGGAACUGACACCUGCUGCAGGCAAUGAAGAACGUGAAGAAAAGAUACACUUUAGCUCGCUACCUGUGAAGUCGGCAAAUGAAAAACCUAAGGAAAGAAAGCAAGCACCUACUACAGACCAUAGAGAGCUCUCGCAUGUUAAAGAUGCAAAGGCAUUCAUGAGACAGAAGUCUAGCUCCGAUGAAGAAUCUGCUCUUGAAAUACAUACAGAGACAAAUAAAUCAGAUGUGUCAAAGCAUCAUCACAAAGAUCACUCUAGCUCUGAGCACUACAAUCAAGAGCGACCUGAUGAUGCUACUAUUCAUUCUGUCUAUUCUGAAGAUUUUGAAGAUUCUGUGCCAUCUGACAAUGCAUUCAGUUCGAGCUCUUACUCAUAUUCCCUCCCUAAAUCCGUAUCCUCUGAUGUUUCCAGCAUUUCCUCUAGCCAUUCUUAUCCUCAGCCUAGCCAAUCAAAACAUAAAAAACAAUCCCAUAAAACACGAGUUGUUGUACGACGAGAAACGUCUGUACAGACAAAUGAUGCUGAAUUCGCUUACAGCUGGCCACAAGCAACCAUUGGAUUUGGACCUAUUGCUCCCUCCAUUGCUGUGGAGCCAGCUUCAGUAGUGAGUCAUGUGGUGAGCCCUGAGUUAAUUGAAGCUCUGACCACAUACAGUCCAAUGGCUCUAGCACUGAAUGACAUGUUGAAACAACAGCUGCUCCUUACUCAGACUUUUGUGGACAUGGCUCGACAGCUGUACAUCUCCACAGUGAAAUCUCUGGAGAGUGAGACUUAUCAAUAUACCACAUUUGAGGACACAAAGCAGUACAUAAACCAGCAGAAGGCUCAUAAAUGGAGACAUGACCAGAGAGAAGAAAUGAAUGGAACUGGAGACAAGCAGUGA